AUGUCCCUCCACCUGGAGAAACAGCUUACAAUUUAUGGUUCAUAUCACCAUAACCAUGUGAACAAGGCAAUUCACAUGGCAUGCGUGCCCUUGAUACUCUUUUCCGGGUUUGAGAUUGCCUCAAACUGCGGGCCAUUUUUUACCCUGCCGUCGUGGCUCCAAAUACCGUACCUAUAUCCAAACCUGGGGACUUUUGGAGCCUUGACAUGGGGUGGGCUCUAUGUCCUUCUCGAGCCAGUCGCGGGGACUGCCCUGGCGUUGAUUUGCCUCGGCGCGGCAGCGGGAACCAACUUCCUCCGGAUGGAGAAUCCCACGGGCACCACGAAGGUGGCUAUCGCAGUUCACGCCGCGUCAUGGCUGCUCCAGUUCGUGGGCCACGGCAGCUUUGAGGGCAGAGCCCCCGCCUUGCUGGACAACCUCUUCCAAGCCAUUUUCCUUGCGCCCCUCUUUGUGUGGCUGGAGUUUCUCUUCAUGAUCGGCUACCGGCCCGAGCUCAAGAAGCGCGUCGACAAGGCCGUUGCAAUCGAGGUUGCAAAGUUCCGGGCGCGCAAGGCCAAGGCGGCCGAGAAGACGCAAUGA